AUGCAACACAAUAAUGGAUUAAAUAACCAGUUACCUAUUAUUGCAGAAGAUCAGGAACCAGCCAUAAAUGACUCGGAAAAUGGGAAUAUAAAUAACAACAAAAAUGCAAAAAAUUUCAGUAACAAUUCCAAUAAUAUUACUGGAAAUGAUGACAAUCAAAAUAAAGAUAUUUAUAACAACAACGAUACCAAUAUUGUUGAUGAUAUUCUGCAAUCAAUCCCCAUAUCAAGUGAUAACCAGCAGGAACUCAGUGACUCAUCAAAUCUUCAAGGUAGUUUUUUUCCAAGUAUUGCUGAAUAUAUACGUUCAUAUCAUUUUCCUCUGGAGGGUGAUAGACCUGGUGUGAUAUAUGAAGCAAAUAUAAAUGAUUUGAGUCGAAAUAUUCUUGACAAUUUGCAUCUAAGAGAUAGAAACUCAAAUUCAAAUUCAAAUAACAUGAAUACAUCUAAUAGAAACAGUCUUAACUUGGAACAUCAACCUGAUAAUGUAAUAGAUUUUAAAAAUAUAAAUGAUAAAAAUCAAGAAAAUAAUAUCAAUACAACUGACCUAAAAACCCAACUUGAUUUGGCUACUUUAACGCCUUUCGAAUUAGGUUAUGAGCUUGCCUUAGCGCCAGAUAGAGGUCCCCCAUCAUUAUCUUCAAUGUCUCUCGAUCAAUUAUCCUUAGAUGAUAAAGCAUUCCUUGAACAGUAUGAAUAUGAAUUAGCUGUUUUAACAAGAAGAGAAGUUGAUAAUAACUCUGUCAUUAACGAUAACAAUUCUGAUACUGAUGGUAACAGUGAUAAAAAUGAUAACAACAACGGUAAUGAAAAUAAUAAAAAUAAUAAUAGUGACAGCAAUAUUAAUAAUUAA